AACCCCACUUCUCUCGCCUGCUACCUUCUUUGAGUCCUUAUUAGCUCGCUUCUCCCAAUCACUGCCAUGGCAAGGCCUCUUCCAAGCCUCGCCCUUCAAAAUAUUUCAUUCUUAACUUUACCUGCAGCCACCUUCUUCUUCCUAAUCAUCGCCAUCUUCUCUAUCAUUUCAUUAGUAUCUUUUCUUUGCGCUUCUCACAGAAUCACAAAGCCACACAAGCUAAAGGAAGAAGGAAAGGGUACAGCCAAGAGUAAGCUUGUUCGGAGUCUAAACAGCAAUAUCAGUAGCAAAGCUCUUUUGAUGGUGAAGAUGGUAUCUUGGAGAAAGGUGCAGGUGGAAGGAGAAGAGGGAGAAGAAGGAGAUUAUAAUAGUGAUGGUGAUGAUGACGAAGCAGUUUGGAAGAGGACGAUUAUGAUGGGUGAACGAUGUCGGCCACUGGAUUUUUCCGGGAAAAUUGCUUAUGAUUCUCAAGGAAAUCUUCUGCCCAAUUCGCCAAAUAAGAAGCACUAUAGUGCCCUUGUUUCUUUGGAAAGCUCCUGAGCUUUCUCGAUUUGGCUAGCUUCUUUUUUAAUAAUUAACGAGAGUUCGGCUACUAAUCAAGUUUGGGCAAUCGACUCCUGAGAAGUUUUGGGUGUUUCUUCUUAUUUUUCAAUGUCUUGAAGGAAGUGUUGUGGGGAGUUGAAUUUUGUGAAUAACUUGUAUAAAUUUAAAAAUAAAAAAAAUAAAAUUAGGUUUAUCUUA